GGCUGGCUGCCAGCGGGAGGAGCUUACCAUCCGCAGGCAGGGGUGGGUGAGGGUCGCUCCCGGAAGUAGCCCUUGCGCGUCCCGGAACCCGCGCUCCCUCCUCGGGCUCCGGAGGCUCCCGCAGCGGCUAGCGGGGGAAACGCGGUGGCCGGCGGGGAGGUGGCUGGUCACUGCCGACUGCCUUGGGGCUGUCGGCUGUGGCGGGAGUCGCACCUGGCUUCGCAGCUUGGGGUGCGUGGUCUCGGCGGGCCUAGAUUCACGUAGAGGCUCUCCACGGCGUCAGCCUCGUAGUCAUCAUCCCGCUGUGCUUCAGUGGAAGGGAGAGCAGUGGUAUGACUGUCGCUGCCAGUGAUCGCACAAGACCCCAGAUCUACCCAGGGAGCCCGUUAGGAGUUGAGGAUCCUGAAACGUAGCCUAAGGUCAGCCUGAGGCCCGGCCUCCAUGGCACACACACCCCUUGCCUCGCUCUGGCGUCACGGACCCACUUCCAAGUUGUCUUCUUGUCCUGAGCCCCGAGCACCAGCCGGGCGCUUCCUGUCCUGUAUGUGUGUCUUUAGGGCACAGUGCUGGCUGAUGUGAGGCAGGUCUGGCACGGGCCUGGUUUCAGUAGCCUGCUCUGAGUUCUCAGUGGGGAUGACGCCUGCAGACUGCUUCUGGAGGCCUAUAGCCAGCUCUGCUCUUCCGCUCUGCCACUGAUCAUCACGCUCCCACUCUGGAUUUCCAGUUCUUCAGUCAUAAGAUCAGACUGAGGAGCCCACUGGCCCGCGAGCAGGGGUGUCGGAAACGGGCCUCCGGUGCUGGCCCAGGCAGAGGGGAUGGUGCCUUUUUCGGGGCGAGCCGUCAGCCGACCCCCAGUGGCACCCGCGUCCCCGAGCCAGAACCGCCAGGGCCCCGGCCUCCCAGACAGACUUCAUCCGAUGGAGCCCCAGGGUGAGAAGCUGGCAGAGGCAGAUGGGGUGCGUGUCACGCCCCAGCUGCUCAAGUCUCGCUCGGGUGAGUUCGCCCUCGAGUCCAUCCUGCUGCUGAAGCUCCAGGGCCUGGGGCUGGUGGACCUGGGCUGCCUGGGGGAGUGCCUGGGGCUCGAGUGGCUGGACCUGUCGGGCAAUGCGCUCACCCAGCUGGGCCCACUGGCCUGCUUGCGCCAGCUGGCGGUGCUCAACGUGGCCGACAACCGGCUGACGGGGCUGGAGCCGCUGGGUGCCUGCGAGAGCCUGCAGAGUCUCAACGCCGCGGGCAACCUGCUGGCCACCCCCGGCCAGCUGCAGUGUCUGGCCGGCCUGCGGGGCCUCGAGUACCUGCGGCUCCGGGACCCCUUGGCCCGGCUCAGCAACCCGCUGUGCACCAGCCCUUCCUACUGGGCAGCCGUCCGAGAGCUGCUCCCCGGCCUGAAGGUCAUCGACGGCGAGCGCGUGAGCGGGCGGGGCAGUGAGUUCUACCAGCUGUGCCGCGACCUGGACAGCUCCCUGCGCCCCGGCUCCAGCCCCGGCCCCCGAGCCACGGAGGCCCAGCCCUGGGUAGAGCCGGGCUACUGGGAGUCGAGGCCCACCCGGAGCAGCUCGAUCCUGGAGGAGGCCUGCCGGCAGUUCCAGCACGCCCUGCAGGAGUGCCAUGACCUGGACCGCCAGGCCAACGACAGCCUGGCCCAGGCCGAGCGGGCGCUCAGCCCUGCAGGCGCCACCUCGUCCUUUGUGUUUUGAGUAUGCCCGUGGCCUGUGACGGCUGGGCACACUGUGGCCUGGCUGCCCGCAUCUGCCGCCCGGCUUUGGUGCAUGUCUUCAGUUUCAUCACGCUGGCCACGGGGCCUGCAGACCAGGCUCUGUUUUCUCCGUGUUGCUAAGAGCAGUGCCCCCCCCCCCCGCUCCUUCGGGAAAAUUCCACAUCUCCCUGCACAUAGUUCAAGGACACGCCUCCCCAGUGGCCUCUAGCAGGGGUAAGGGCCCUGCUCAAGCAGCCGGCAGAGCGUGAGGCCGUCCAGCCACCUCUGCCGUGAGCCUGGGA